UGUGUUAUCACAUGCAUACAUGAACCACAGUAGCUAUCCUGUGCUCUAAUUUUAAUUGUGAUGAUUAUAAUCCAUGACAGACAGACAACCAGACCGACCAGUGUCUUGAUCACGUGAUCCACUCAGAUCUGCGGCCGUGGACAUCUGUAAAAUGGAGGACCGUGAAGCUAAAGAGCCCGAGCAGCUCAGAAAGCUGUUCAUUGGAGGCCUGAGCUUUGAAACCACGGAGGAGAGUUUACGGGCCCAUUUUGAACAAUGGGGAACCCUCACGGACUGUGUGGUGAUGAGGGACCCCAACAACAAGCGCUCAAGAGGGUUUGGCUUUGUGACAUAUUCCACUGUAGGGGAGGUCGACGAUGCCAUGAAAGCAAGGCCUCAUAAAGUCGAUGGCCGAGUUGUCGAACCCAAGAGGGCAGUGUCCAGAGAGGACUCCAAUAAACCAGGCGCCCACCUGACAGUGAAGAAGAUCUUUGUCGGUGGCAUCAAGGAGGACACCGAGGAGUACCACAUUCGGGAGUACUUUGAGAAAUAUGGCAGGAUUGAAUGCAUCGACAUCAUGGAGGAACGCUCCACUGGGAAGAAGAGGGGAUUCUGCUUUGUCUCCUUUGAUGACCACGACACUGUAGACAAAAUUGUCGCCCAGAAAUUCCACACAAUCAACUUCCACAACUGUGAGGUCAGGAAAGCUCUUUCCAAACAGGAAAUGAGUGCUAUGUCUACUAACAGGGGCAGGAGUGGAGGAUCUGGAAACUUCAUGGGAAGGGGUGGUAAUUUUGGAGGUGGUGGCAACUUCAGUCGAGGUGGUUUCGGUGGAGGACGAGGUGGUUACGGCGAUGAUUUUGACAAUGGUCCAGGAGGAAACUAUGGUGGAGGACCAGGUUAUGGAGGGGGCCGAGGGGGCUACGGUGGUGGUGGUCCAGGGUAUGGCAACCAGGGUGGUGGAUUUGGUGGCAGCUGCGAUGGAGGUUAUGGAGGCAAUGACGGAGGUUACGGAGGCGGUGGAAAUUACAACGACUUUGGAAAUUAUGGUGGGCAGCAGUCCAACUAUGGGCCCAUGAAGGGAGGCAACUAUGGUGGCAGAAACUCAGGUGGACCCUAUGGUGGUGGCUACAGCUCUGGCGGCGGCGGAGGUGGCUACAACCCGCGGCGAUAUUAAUUAUUUCAUGUUUUGAUGUGGAAAGAGGCAUUCUCUUCUUGCUGAAAAUCUGUAAAGACCUGAUAACAUGGAAGGUUCUGGAUGGGUAAGACUUUUUCAAAAUAUUAUCCAAGGCUGCUCUUAUUGUGAUCUAACAGUGCACAUGGUGAUUAUACGGGGUGCAAGGGUUUUUUUAAGGUAAACGGAGCAGGAAGAUAUCCAGUAUUGCUCAACUUUGACCAGAAGUCAGCCUGUGACCUUCACCACACUGUGGGGAUUACAGUGAGGUUAAAAUAUCUUUACAUGUUUUAUUGCUUUGCUAUCAGUCAGACAGGUCUGAUAAAGUUUAAAGUGGUGCAACACCUUUGGGUCAUGCCCAGAAAAGAUAAACUAUUUACACAUGGUGGCCACUUUAUUAGACACACCUGUACAAUCUAUUAAAGUUGAAUACAAGAACUCUGCCAUGAACUCUUCUUUAUCAAGUGAAGUUUUUGUUGUCGGCACAAAUGUAAGUUGUGCAUUCAAAAUCUUUCUCAACUCUUUAAGUAAAUAAGCAAUAGCAUCAAAAUAUACUCAAAGCACCAAAAUUAAAACUACUUCUAGUGCAGUAUAAGAUAUAUCACUGGAUUAUUAUCAUUGAUGCAUUAAUACGUUAGCAUCACUAAUAGUAUACACUGUUAGGUAGCUUAAUCCAUAGUAAUACAUCAUGAUUUAUUAGCAGUGUACAUUUUGGACUGAUAAUCUAUGAUGUAGUGGAGUCAAAAGUACGAUAUCUGGCUCCAAAAUGUGGUGGAAUAAAAGUAUAAAGUAGCAUAAAAUGGAAAUAUUUAAGUGAAGUACAAGUACCUCUAAUUUGUACUCAAAUACAGUAAUUGAUUGAGCAUUGUUGUCGGUGUGGAGUUUGCAUGUUCUCCCCAUGUCAGCGUGGGUUUUCUCCAAGUACUCCGGCUUCCUCCCACAGUCCAAAGACAUGCAGGUUAAUUGGUGACUCUAAAUUGUCCGUGAGUGUGAAUGGUUGUCUGUCUCUAUGUGUCAGCCCUGCGAUAGUCUGGCGACCUGUCCAGGGUGUACCCCACCUCUCACCCAAUGUCAGCUGGGAUAGGCUCCAGCCCCCCCGCGACCCCUAACAGGAUAAGCGGUUACAGAAAAUAAAUAAAUGAAUGAGACCAACACCCCCACUAACUAUAACCUCAUGUUAAAACAUAGAA